AAUAAAAAACACCCAAACAACAACCUAUACCUGAAUUCCUUUACAUCCUCCCCCCGUUCACGUCUUCUUCUCCAAUUUCAGUUUUUGCCCUAAUUUCAUCUUCUCAUACGCUGCUUGCUAAUUUGGUUGGUUCGUGUCGUGAUCGCUACAGCCGCUACCGGCUACACUGCUACGGUCGUUCGUCCGCUCAUCUUCCGUUGAUUCUCUUAUGCAAUUAGUAGGGGGAGAAGUUUAGAGGAACGGUUCUUUUAGGGUUCUUUACCUCAACCACGGAUUCACUGAGCGACACCCCAAUCUCCAGUUCUCCACCCUCUCCGGCCUCCGCCAUCUCCUCCGCCACAAACCCCCCACCCUCCGCCGGCAUCUCCGCUUUAUCACACUCUGCCGAUCAAGACGACGCCAUUUGCCAUCUCAAAAAUUCAAUUGUUUCCAGAUUACAAGGCCUAAAGCGGAAGGUAGUGUUGCUUGCAUUCACUAUCAAAUUUGUGGGGGUUUGCAUAUUCCAUAUGGAAAAAGUUAAUGAAGAUGUCAAACUCGAUUUUAAGUGGCUUAAACAGAGAGGCGUUGGUGGCAAAAACAAAAAGACUCGGUUUUAUGAAUCUUUUGAGUAUGAUGGAGUGGAGUACAUGCAAUACGAUUGUGUGUACAUGUACAAGGAUGAUUCACAUGAACCUAAUAUUGGCAAGUUGACAAAAAUUUGGGAACAUCCGGAUAAGUCAAAAAAAGUUAAAAUCCAUUGGUUUUUUCGUCCGGAAGAGAUUUCACACUGGCUUAGAGAGACCAAGACUCUCGAGAAUGAAGUUUUUCUUGCAUCUGGUGAAGGUCGUGGUCUAGCCAAUAUCAAUCCAUUGGAAGCAAUCGCGGGUCGUUGCAAUGUUGUGUGUAUAUCAAAAGACGUCAGAAAUCCUCAACCGUCAGAUGAGGAACUUAAAGCAGCUGACUUCGUAUUCAACCGUACUUUCGAUGUUCAAAGCUGUACUGUAUUGGAUAAGAUGGAUGAUAAAGUCGGUGGGCUUGAAAUUGAAUACAUAUUCAACAGAAAAAAGGGUGACACAAAGGAAGAAAUUCCAAACACCAUCAUUUCUACUGAAGCACAGAUAACAAAAACCGUAGACCCUCAAGACAAUGAUGUUUCCAGUUCAUUAAAGAGAAACGCGGAAUCUGAUGAAUCACAUGAUCGACCCUUGAAGAGAAUCAAGUCCAAUGAUAAAUGUGUUGAAUCUGCAGUUGCUUCGGGUCCUGAGAAAAUGACGGAACUGCCCUCCUUUAAAUCCAAGGUGGAUAAGGAUCAGAUGCAAGUGAAUAUAGUACCUGUCGAAAAGAUCGAAAAUAAGGAGAGAAUCAAGACUCCUACGGGUUCUGAUAAAUUACACGACCAACCCUCAAAGAAAGUGAAAUCUGUCAGUAAAAAACCACUCGAGGAAAAAUCCGUUCAACUUAAAGUCAUUCAACCAGCGGCUGACAGUAAAUCAAAACAAGAAGACAAGGUACCCGCUGAUGUUAAUAAUCUGAAAACGACAGCCGAAAAUCAAAAAAAUGGUUCUUUUAAGGUACCAGAUAACAAGAAGCCAUGGACUUAUAUGAACGAGAAAGACUCGGUAGCAAAUUCUGCGUCACCGAAAGGAAAGUCGAAAUCUGGAUCCUUGGAUUCGCCUGGGGAUAAUAAUAAUAAUAUUAUGGCGGUUAAAGAGGAGCAAUCUGGUGAGCUGAAAAGAAAGCUUUCUAUGAACAAGCCAUUGAAGGCGUCUGCUUUGUCAACUGAUAGAGACAAGUACAAGCCAUUUGUUGUCACUCCAAGACCAAAUUUUGAAAAAAGCACUUGGUUUAGGCAAGCUCCUUGGGAGGAACGGCUGAAGGAGGCAUAUGAUAAAGGAACCGCCAUCUUGCUCCAUAAUUUGAAGCCCGAUUAUACUUCAGAAGACGUCAAGAAUAUAAUUUGGCAUGCUUUUAAAGAGAUAGAUUGUAGUGUAAAGAUUCUACCGCGCACUGCAAUAUCUAGCCCACAUUAUGAUCAAGCUCUUGUUUUACUUAAAACAAAGGAAGCAGCACAGAGGAUCCUUACAGAAUUGGAUGAAGGAUGCUUGAUGUUAUCCGAUGAAAGGCCUCUUGUUGGUACCCCUUGUCCUCCAAUAUCAACCAAAAAGUAUCUCACCUUUUUUGGCCACCUUGCUGUUGAUAAGGCUAGAUUUCAAAAUCAACGUGAGGAUGAAGCUGUAUCCACAUCACAUUUUUCACAGCCGAAUACUAUUGAAUAUGACAUGGCAAUGGAGUGGUGUUUACAACAAUUAAAGUCGAAGAAAUGGUGGGCAAAGUUUCAUAAGCAACAAGGACUUGAGUUGAAAAAACUCGAGAAGGACCUCAAACAAAAGCGCACAUGAAGACUGGUGGAACUUUCUGCUAUAGAAAACAUGUUUUGUUGAUAGAUUUUUACCAAUGUUGCAAUCUAGAAAUGGUACAGCGCCACCUUGAUGGAGCCCAGCGGUGAUUGAUGAUUGAUCAAUGCCUGGUAAUGAUAGCUGGUGGUUUCGUGUCUUUUGUCGGAUGUUUCUAGAAUUCUUUUGGUGAACAUAUGUUUCUAUAGCUCUUAAGUUUACCCACUUUAGAUCUGUUAGGGCAACAAUAGGACAUGAUCUUAUAUCUUAAUGGGAAAAGAAUCAGAUUAAGGGUUU